AUGUCCACUGUUGUAAGACCAUCAAGGGAAGCUAAUGCGACAGCGUUGAAACCUAUUGUGUAUUUGCAUGGUGAACCAAGAAUAGUAUGGGAGGAAGAAGAGGUUGAACAUAUAAUCGUGAAGGAGAACUCAGAGUAUGCAGUGAUAGGAAAAUUUUCCUAUGGUUGGCCUGAGAUUCAAGAUUUGAGAAAAUUAAUUCCGAAGCAAUGCGAGUUGAAAGGUGAAUGCAACAUAGGAUUGUUAAGCAAUAGGCAUAUUCUGAUAAGGGCAUCGUGCUUGGAGGACUACGUGAAUCUAUUAUCAAAGCCGGCCUUUUACAUAUUGCAUCGUGGUUGGACAUAUCCAAUGCAAACGUUGAAGUGGGAGCCAAUGUUUGAUCCGGAGGAGGAAACAUCAACGGCCAUGGCAUGGAUUUCUUUUCCAUCCCUGCCUCCAAAUUUCUUUGUGAAGGAGGUAGUUUUUUCAUUAGUAGCUGCAGUUGGAAAACCUUUACAGGUUGAUCUAACAACAAGGAAUCAGACUCGACCUAGUUGUGCACGGGUGAGGGUGGAGGUGAAUUUAUUACGUGAAUUUCCAAAAAGAAUAAACGUAGGGAUGCGAAAGCAAUCAGGGGAGAUUACAGAGAAAUGGAUUACAAUAAGAUAUGAUCAUGUUCCAAAAUAUUGCAAGAACUGUAAGAUUCAGGGUCAUGACGAGGAGCAAUGUUAUGUGUUACAUCCGGAUUUAUAUCCCAAGGAAAAAGUAGGGAAGGAAGAAGAGAUGGAAACGGGGGAAGAAAAAAGGGAGAUUCAGGGGAAGGGGAGAGUCCAGAGGGAGGGGGGUGGAAAACCAGAACAGAUAUGGCAUAAGAAAAAUAUUCAACACGAGAAAGAGGGAAUUACGACUGGCAAUAAGUUUAGAGCGCUGAAAGAUCAGGAUGAAUGUGGGGAGACACAAGGUGGACAAAAGGAAAGGGGGGAGGAGGUAGAGACGAAAAAAUGGGUUGAGGAAGUGUUCCAAAACACAAGCAGAAUAGAUAAGGGGAAUAGUUUGAAAAAUACAGUGGAGAAUAUAAACAGUGUAGAUGAAGAGGAGACGGCAGGGAGUGAAAGCUUUAAGAAUAGUGAAAACAUUGAGGUAAUCGGGAAACAAAAAUGCAGUGAACAGGAUGCCAGAAGUAGUAAUAUGGGGAAUGCAUGUUUGGAGAUGGUGGAAUUUCAUGAGGUGCAGGAUAACGAUGAAGUUUUACCUGAGAAUUAG